AUGUCGAACCUCAAUAUGUCGUCGGGACCGCAGCAGGAAGUGGCGGACACGCUGCCGAACAACUACUCGCUUGGAGGUGGCAAUAUGAAGGCCGACCCCAAGGUACCGAUCAACACGAUCCCUAACCCAGAGGCGGGCAGGGACGAUGUCAACACCGGCGGUCGUGGAGGCGAUGUUUUGCGCCAGCCUGUUCACGCACAUGACAUCGACAUUCCGGCAAACAAGCCGCACCUGCACGCGGGUGCCAACGAGACGCAUAAGCAGAUCCACUCGUCGCACUCUGGCCCCGGCAAGCCCUGA